AUGAAUGAUAAUAAUCCAUUUGACUUUUUAUUAAAGACUGAAAGUUAUGAACCUCUAAUAGACUUGGUCGACCAGUUAUCUAAAAAAAUUAGGGAGAACGAGGCAUUGAUUAGUAAGUUGACUUAUCAUAUUGAUAUUAACUUGGAGCUUCCAAAUGUGCCUGUAACAAAAAAUGACGAUGAAUCUGAUCCAAUUAAUAUACAUGAAAUUACCUGUGAUAACUUAGAGCAUAUAUUAAACCAAAAGUAUUCCCUUGGUGACAUUAAACUUCCCAGGAAUUGUGAAGUUCAGGAAUCAAAUCCAAGAAUUAAGAAAUUGAUCGAGGAUAAUUUGAAGCUCAGAGUUCUCAAGAAACAAAAGGACCUCAAAAACCGACAGCUUUUGAAAGUAAUAAAUGAAUAUGAUCAGUUUAUAACGGAGGAUAUAUUGCCUGCUUUAAGACGAGAUGUAACAAAUUAUCACAUUGAGGUCAAUAAGGAAUUUAAAGAAUCACAACUUAAUCGAAAGUACAAGACUGUUGGCUUGCUUUGGCAGAGAUACGUCAAAUAUUUUCAGUAUUUAUGUGAACUUACAGAAACAUGCAAAAAUUUGGUAGAAGUCCUUGGUUUCGAAACUAAUGAGCAUGAAAUCAGCAUGCUACAACAGAAAUUGAAUAUUGUUGACCAACUAAGGUCCUUCAUAGAGAAUACCUCGUCUCCUUUAUGA